AUGAGAAAUACAUUCCCAAUGGCGACGACAACAAAACAACGCCUGGCCCUCGCCAUCUGCGACUUCCUAUCCACCUCCCUAACCGACGGCACCCUAUCGUCCGAGGACAAAGACAGCAUCGACGUCGCAAUCAACUGCAUCGCCGAAUCCUUCAAGGUCGACCCCACCGACCCCGCCGCCCUCUCCGCCGCCACCGGCACCCAGAACCUUCUACAGAUCUACGGCGUCUACGAGAAGCUCAAGUCCUCCACCACCACCACCGCCUCCGCCAAACCCGCCUCCUCGAGUACCGCCGACGCCUCCUCCGAGAAGACGAAGGAACCCACCGAUGACGAGAAGGCUCGCGCCGAGGACCUCAAGGCCCGCGGCAACCGCGCCAUGGCCUCCAAGGACUACCCCGCCGCCAUCGACCUGUACACCCAGGCCCUAGCCCUCCACCCCCGCAACGCCAUCUACCUAUCCAACCGCGCCGCCGCCUACAGCGCCGCGCGCGACCACGCCAGCGCCCGCGCCGACGCCGAAGCAGCCGUCGCCAUCGACCCCAAGUACACCAAAGCCUGGUCGCGACUCGGCCUAGCCCGCUUCGCCCUCGGCGACGCCAAGGGUUCCAUGGAAGCCUACCGACAAGGGAUCGAGCACGAAGGCAACGGCGGCAGCGACGCCAUGAAGAAAGGCUUCGAGACCGCGAAGCGACGCGUCGACGAGCUGGAAGCCGAGACCGCAGACGCGGCACCGACGGCACGUGGCGGUGGCGGCGGUGGUGUUCCUGAUCUAGGCAGCCUAGCGAGCCUCUUCGGCGGCGGAGGCGGCGGUGGAAACCGCGACGGAGCUAGCGGUGGUGGCGGGGGUGGUCUCCCGGAUCUCGGCAGCAUCAUGAGCAACCCCAUGUUUGCGAGCAUGGCGCAGAACCUGAUGUCGAACCCGGACAUGAUGCAGAACCUGAUGAGCAACCCGCGCCUACGCGAGAUGGCCGACCGUUUCUCUAGCGGCGGUGGCAUGCCCGACCUAGGCUCUCUGAUGAACGACCCUAACAUCGCCGACAUGGCGAGGAAUAUGAUGGGCGGCGGCGGCGGCGCUGGCGCUGAUGAUGGGAACAGCCCUGGAGCCGGGCGUGGCGCCGGUCGAUGA